AUGGCUUUGAAGAUAGAUGGUCCAUGGGUUGUAUGUGGGGACUUUAAUUGUGUCCUGAAUUGUGAUGAAAGGGUGGGUGCCCCUGUAAGGCAGUGGGAGAUGGCAUCAAUGAGAGAAUGUAUGGGAAUUUGUAGGCUGCAAGACAUGUGUAGCUCAGGUAACAUGUUUACUUGGAGUAAUAAGCAGGAAGGGGGAGCUAGAGUAUUUUCAAAGAUAGAUAGGGUGAUGGUGAACAAUAAACGGGAGGAAGUAUAUGCUACUGCUAGUGCUGCCUUCUUAAAUGAGGGUGAAUUUGAUCACACCCCUUGCAUUAUAUCAUUCAAUGAUAGGAGUUUGAGAAGCAAGAAACCUUUUAAGUAUUUCACUAUGUGGAAAUUAUCUUUCAAUUUUGAAGACAUCAAUAAGAGAUGUUGGUCUGCUGAUAUUAGGGGGAAUAAGAUGUUUAAGGUUUUGCAGAAAUUGAAGAGAGUAAAAGCUGAAUUGAAAGAGUUGAACAAAAAUGGUUACAUGCAGCUUGAAGCUGAUGUGAUUCAAGCAGCAAGCUGCAUGGAGAACAUCCAAACUAGAUUGCACAAUGAUCUAGGCAAUGUUGAGCUGGCAACAUAA